AUGUCCGACCUUCGAUAUGAUGGAAAAGUCGCCGUUGUAACCGGCGCUGGUGCUGGUCUUGGCCGUGCCUAUGCUGAAUUCUUGGCCGCAAGAGGUGCCAGCGUUGUAGUGAAUGAUUUGGGAGGAUCAACAAGUGGCCAAGGAUCCAGCACAAAGGCUGCGGAUGUCGUCGUUGAAAAUAUUGUAGCGGCUGGUGGCAAGGCUGUUGCCAGCUACGAGAGCGUGGAAAAUGGCAAUAGGAUCAUCGACAAGGCGAUUGAAGCAUUCGGUCGUAUUGAUAUCCUCAUUAACAAUGCCGGCAUUCUCCGAGAUAUCACAUUCAGGAAAAUGACGGACAGGGACUGGGAUGCUGUCUACAGCGUGCACCUGCGCGGCACUUACAAGACCACACGGGCAGCCUGGUCGCAUUUCCGUAAACAGAAAUACGGACGUGUCAUUAUGACAAGCUCGGCGACAGGCUUGUAUGGCAAUUUCGGCCAAAGCAACUAUUCGGCUGCCAAAGCAGGCAUGAUCGGCUUCGGAGAGACACUUGCUAAAGAGGGAGCCAAAUACAACAUCUUGACCAAUGUGAUUGCUCCCAUGGCCGCCAGCCGCUUAUCUGGAGGUGUUAUCCCACCUGACCUAGCAGCUCAGUUAUCGCCAGCCUGGGUCGUUCCGGUUGUUGCGAUGCUUGUUCACUCCGCCAACACAUUCGAAAACGGCUCUAUCUUUGAGGUCGGCGCGACACAUGUUUGCAAACUGCGAUGGGAGAGAUCGACAGGUGCUCUUCUGAAGCCGGAUGAAACGAUGACACCAGGAGCAGUCCUGGCAAAAUGGCAAGCUGUUAACGACUUUUCCAAGCCGGAUCACAGCGGCGCCAAUCCGGACAUGGAGUACUUGCAGUCCUUAGCGGUUAAGAUUGAUAGAAAUCCCAUUGGCGAGAACGUCCGCUUUGACGGCAGAGUCGCUGUUGUUACUGGUGGCGGAGCUGGACUGGGUCGUGCUUAUAGCUUGAAGCUUGCCUAUUUUGGAGCGAAGGUCGUGGUAAAUGAUCUUGCCGAUCCAGAUACCGUGGUGAAGGAAAUCAUUAUGGCAGGCGGACUGGCUGUUGCCAACAGAUCCUCUGUAGAGAACGGUGAUGAGAUUAUCAAGACGGCCAUUGACAACUUCGGUCGCGUUGAUAUCCUCAUCAACAAUGCCGGCAUCCUCCGCGACAAGGCGUUCGCCAACAUGACCGAUAACCUGUGGGAUGACAUCCACAAUGUCCACUUGCGAGGCUCAUACAAGUGCGCUCAUGCGGCAUGGCCGUAUAUGGUUAAACAGAAAUAUGGCCGUAUUAUAAAUACCACGAGCACCAGUGGCACUUAUGGAAACUUCGGUCAAGCCAACUACGCAUCUGCGAAAACGGCGGUUGUAGGCCUCUCUCGAUCUUUGGCAGCCGAGGGAAAACGAUACAACAUUCUCGUAAACAGCAUUGCACCAUUUGCAGGAACGCAACUUACAAGAACAGUCCUGCCUGAGGAAUUGGUUCAAGCCCGCAAGCCAGACUAUGUUUCCGGUAUUGUCCUUGCUCUGUGCUCCGAAAAGGCUCCAACCACAGCAAUAGGUCAAAUCUUUGAGGCAGGAUGCGGUUGGCAAGCCAGAACUCGCUGGCAGCGGUCUGGCGGACACAACUUCUCCCCCGACAAGGCACUGGAUCCUGAGACCGUUCUGGCUCAGUGGUCUAAGGUUGUCGACUUUAACGAUGGCCGGGCAGACAACCCCGAGCUGCCAGAGGACUCGCGCUUCCACGCCCUGGCACGCGGUGAUCUCGUGGCUAAACGCAGCUCACAGCAAAAGGACUACUUGGCCGCCAUUGAACGGGCCCAGGCUAUUAAAUCCCCCGGGAUCAAGUUCGUCUAUACCGAUACCGAAGUCAUCCUCUACAAUCUGGGUUUGGGGGCCACGCAGGAUCAGCUCUCGCUCAUUUAUGAGAAGGAUCCCAACUUCCAGGUUCUGCCUACCUACGGUGUAAUCUCCGGCCCUUCGGCAGAUAAGCCCUUCGAUUUGGCCGACAUUGUGCCCAAUUUCAAUUUUGGCAUGCUCUUACACGGAGACCAGUACCUUGAAAUCCGCAAGUUUCCUAUUCCGACAGCCGCCACUCUUAUAUCAUACCCACGACUGAUCGAAGUCGCAGACAAAGGCAAAGCAGCUGUCGUUGUCGUGGGUAUCGAUACAAAGGAUGCUACUACGGGUGAGGAUGUCUUCUACAAUGAAAUGUCCCUCUUUAUCCGUGACUCCGGAGGCUUUGGCGGCCAGCGAAACAGAGCGGCCAAAAGCCCAGGCAACAUCUCCUACGACCCACCUGCGCGUGCACCAGACUUCGUCGUCGAGGAGGCAACGACAGUAGGCCAGGCGGCCCUCUAUAGAUUAAGUGGCGAUAGGAACCCGUUACAUGUUGAUCCGGCUACGGCUACGUCGGCAGGCUUCAAUAAGCCUAUUCUUCAUGGGCUGUGCAGCUUCGGCAUUGCGGGAAAGCACAUUUUUACCCAGUAUGGGCCGAUUAAGAGUAUCAAAGCCCGAUUUGCAGGCACGGUUAAUCCGGGACAGACGUUGCAGACGGAGAUGUGGAAGGUGGGUGAAACUGUCGUGUUCCAGACAAAGAUUAAAGAAACGAGCAAGUAUUGCAUGCAGGGUGGAGGAGUAAAGCUGAUGGGCGGGCAGUCGCAUUUGUAGUUGGAUAGGAUGGAUUAUUUAGGGAAUGAUAAAUU